AUGGUCUUCUCGAAAGUCAUCCUUCCCUCCCUGGCGCUGGCGAGCUCUGUCUUUGCCCAAAGCAGAGAUAUCUGUGAUGGUCCCUCGAUCACCAUUGUAUCGAGCGCCGACGCCGAUUCGAUUGCCGGUUGCGAGACAUACGACGGAGACAUCAUCAUUGAUCCAACAGCUCAAGGCAUUAUCGCCAUCAAUGGUGUGCAACAGAUCACGGGUGAUUUCACCUGCCUCAAUGCUACGCUGUUGACCUCGAUCACCUCGGACCAGAUCAAUACCAUCCAGGGCACAUGGCACUUGGAAGACCUCACAAUUCUCUCCAACCUCCAAUUCAGUUCCCUCACCGGGGUGAACACUAUUGAAUGGAUCGGCCUUCCUGCUCUACAGAGCCUUAAUAUGGCUCAAGGCAUCCAGAGAGCGAACUCAGUUUACAUCUCGAACACCCAAUUGAACAACAUUAACGGUAUCGAGCUGUCUGCAGUGGCGACGCUCAACAUCAACAACAACCCUUACCUCACUGAUGUCAACGUCAACGACCUGAAGAACGUGACCAACGCCCUUUCUUUCUCCGCCAAUGGUCGUGACUUGUCCAUCAGCUUCCCCAAUCUCGAGAGUGCCGCCAACCUGACCUUCCGAAAUGUCAGCAAGAUUGACAUGCCCUCUCUAGCCACUGUCGGAGGUUCCAUGGGAUUCUAUUCCGACACCUUCAAGACGUUCUCUGCGCCGAAUCUGACAACUACCGGCGGUACUUUGGCUUUCGUGGACAGCCCCAGCUUGACCAGCUUCGCGUUCCCGGCCCUCACCACUAUCGGGGGUGGUUUCUUGGUUGCAAACAACACCAAUCUUAAGGCGAUUAAUGGACUCCCUAAGUUGGCAACCAUCGUUGGUGCUCUCGACUUCGCAGGUACUUUCAACAGCGUGGCCAUGCCCAAGCUCACCGAUGUCCGAGGUGGAUCCAAUGUGCAGACUACCUCCACCAACGCCACUAUCUGCGAGUUGUUUGACUCGGCUCACGACAACGGCGUCAUCAAGGGCGUCAACACUUGCCUGACCAGCAAGGCCAACCCCGAGACCAACCCAACUGCCACUGGCGGUGGUACUGCUUCGACUGGUACCAGCUCAGGCGACUCAAAUGGAAAUGCUGCCGUGACCUUCGGCCCUGCCACACCCCUCGCUGGUCUCGGUGCACUGUUCGCCGCUAUCUUCUUCAUCUAA